AAUUAUAAUAUUUUUUAUUUUAAUUCUAAUUUUAUUAGUCCAGAGAGAUUUUUAACUGUUUUCCAAAAGAAAAAACAGUAAAGACUCUUCACGAAAAGGGCAAAACACAGUUAUUAGGAUUUUGUUUGCUCAAUCGGAUCCAGUCUUUCAUCUCCGAACCAAAGUAGCACCAGGUUAUUGUUUUCCUGCUCAGCAGCUGUUAGUUAUGGACCAUUUUGGAGGAGGAAGUUGGUCAAUGAUCCCCAACAUCCAAACUCACAGUAAUCCUUCCACACCCUCUAAUCAAGACCAAUUAUUUCUUCAGCAACAGCAAUUUCAACAACAACAGUUCAAUCAACCGCAACAGCUCUAUCAGCAACAACAACAACAACAACAUCAGCAGCAGCAGCAGCAGCAGCGCUAUCAACAGCAGAUGCAACAACAACAAAUGCAGCAACAGCAGCAGCAGCAGCAGCAGCACCAGAUUCAACAACAGCAGCAACAGCAACAGCAGCAGCAGCAGCAGCAGCAACAACAACAGCACCACCAGUCACUUGCCUCUCACUUCCACCUUCUACAAUUGGUGGAGAAUUUAGCUGAUACUAUUGAAAAUGGAAAUCGAGAUCAGAAUUCAGAUGCAUUGGUAACAGAAUUGAAAAACCAGUUUGAGAAGUGCCAACAGCUGUUGACAUCAAUAUCAGGGUCGAUUAGCUCAAGGUCUAUGACGGUUGAGGGACAAAAGCGCAAAAAGGCAGAGUGCGAACAACUGCUAAAUCAGCGAAGGGAUCUUGUUUCGAGGUACAAAGGCUCUGUUGAGGAGAUUAUUAACUCUGAACUGUAGCUGCUACUUGCAUUCUAACCAGGGAAGACACCCCGCAACUUACAAGUUGCUAUAUAUAGUAGCAUCUGCAUCUUUGUGGUUGCAACACGUCAAGCGAAGGGCUUUAGGUGGGAAUUCAUAUUUUUCAACCUCAUCACGAAUUUGCAGAAGAAGAUUAACUAUGUGCUGUCUUUUUGCACUGAUGAAUCCUUAGACUCCAUUGGAGACUUUGGCUGUGCCAAGAUAUGUCUUUGUCAAGGCUUUAUCAGUUCAAUGAUUCUACUUGGCAGUGAAGAAUUAACUUUGCAACAAUUUCAAGGAAAACGAUAGUGGAGAAAUAAUUAUGGCAAAGGAUAAUUACAGGAAAACAAUACUCCAUUCGGUUUCUUGUAAAUUUCCUACGUCAACAGAACAAUGUCCAUAAGAUUUCCUAAAGUUGGUUUUUAACUAAAAAAAAAACUAUCAAAGUUUUACCUUGUU